CAAGAACCCUUACUUUUUUCCCACAAGAGGAAUUAAAUAACUGUGACAUUUUCCUCAUCUGUAGUAAGUCCCAUAAAUGGCACCAUACUAAAAUAUCUGGUCCACCAUAGCCGUUCACUCGCACCCCUUUUUUAGUUUUCCCCCAAAUUUGGAAUCCAUGGAAGAUGUCUGGAAGGAGUUGAGCCUGGCAUCCCUCGACCACCAUUACUCCGCCGCCGCCGACGCCGCCGAAGCACCGCCGGCGGCGGGGGGUUUGACCCUCCAAGAAUUCUUGGCUUCUCCCUUAGACCCACGUCGGCCCACGUCGAAACUAGGGCUGCCGCAGAAAAAGGGUGUCGUCAUCAGCAGCAAUAUUUCUUACAGUCAAACUCAGACUCAGACUCAGACUGAGACACAGACACAGACACGGUCUGUCUCUGGUUGCUCUAAUGUCACAAGCUUGUUGGCUUCUUCGAGUUCUUGUGCUUGCUCGAAACGCAAAGGAGGUCCUUCUGGGGAUGAUAAUGCAAGCGAAGAACAGAAGAAGUAUAGGCUUAUGAAGAACAGGGAGUCUGCUGCAAGAUCUAGGGCUAGGAAACAGGCAUAUACGUACGAGCUGGAGGUGGAGCUUGCACGUUUGAUGGAGGAGAAUUCCAAGCUAAGAAGACAGCAAGAACAGCUCUGUGCAGCAUCAUCACUUGGCGAUCACAGUCAGAAGCAGAAGCAAAAGCAAAAGCAGAAGCUCCAUAGAACCCUAACAGCACCAUUCUAAAGCACCCCACCCCACCCCACCCCACUGCCCGUACGGACAGACCAUUUUCCAAAUUAGUUGCAGCAGGAUCUCUAAUUAGCUAUAGAUUAGGGUGGAAGUGGGCUCAAUCAAAAAGUUUUGGUUUUAAAUCUGGAUAUGGCAUCUUGUAGAUCUGUCUGUGUUUAUUUUCCUAGUGGUGUGUGCAUUUUGGUGUACGAUCAUAUAUAUGAUAUGAUGGCGAUCUGUAAAUAUGUAUUAUAUGUUGUAGGAGAUGACAUGAUUGACCAAGAAUGGAAGCAGUUUGAUCUCCUUGUUUA